AUGCUUCAAACUCAGUUCUGCGACGUGACAGCCAUGAUUACGACGGCACCAUUUCUAAGACUCGCGCUGUUCUUCCUAGUUAUAGGUAUUUUUGAUGUUUCGUAAAAAGUUUCCUCAAAGCUCGAAAAGUUUUGAAGUCAAAGUUAUAAUUACUUCUUUGUCAGUAAUCCAUUCUGCAGUCCUCACAUGAAAUGUUUCAGGAAUAAUCAUCUUCUCCUACUCCUACGGCGAGGCGCGAGCCAAUUGCGGCAACGUCUACUACGUCAACCGCAUGGAAGUUCGUGGCCGGGGAGACCUCGUGUUCAACGAGGACGAAGAAACGGGCUACGGAUGUGAGCAAAGCCAGCAGCCCGCCAUAAAAGGCCGCCCCCAUCAUUGA